CACACCCUUCUUAAACACCUGGAGACCCUUCUUCUCCAGAUUCCAUCUCAUCAUCGUCAAAGACCCCGAGCUCAAGGAAGACCUCAACAUCCCACAAGGCUUCGACGUCUCCAUCUACUCAAAGGGAGAGUGAGAUGGGAGACGCUUGAGGAUGUGUGGUGCGGGAUGUGUUGGAAACAUGUGGUAGAUCAUUUGGGGUAUGGUGUGAAGACAGGGCUGCCUUGUGUGUGGAGGAACGAGAGAGGAGAUGCGGUGGAGAGUUUGAGGAAGAAGUGGGAAGGGAAGGGAUCGAUGAAGCUGAUGGAGAAGAGUGUUCCGUUUUUUGAGUCUUUGAAGUUGCCUGAGAGUGCGGUUACGGUUGAGGAUUGUGUGGUUGAGCUUGCUAAAGCGGUGAAAGAGCAGUUGGGUUCGGGUGAUCCUGCUUUUACUCAGGCUGCUGAUGCUAUGGUUAAUUGGGUUCAGCUUUGGAGUGAGGUUAAUUCUAGCGGUUAAAAGUUGAACCAAUGAAUAUAUCUUGUUGAGGUUAGGUUCCUUUAUCAUGUCUAUUCAUCACGUUCAUUUUCUUUUUUUUUUAAUCUAAUUAUAAUCAUGUUUUAGUGAGACUUUCAAUAAUGUAUAUAUCUUGACUGAUGAAACACAUCUUGUUAGUUUUUAUG